AGAUGGACAGGACCAGGUCUUUCUCAGUUGUAAAAUUCCCUAUUAAUUUCUGACCGAAAUUAUUGCGAAGUGUUCAUGCGAACAGUCUCCAUAUACAUUGUAGGUGUUGCGCUAAAUGUACAUCCAUUGUAAUGUAUGUUGCCAUUUAUCGUGAGACAACCUACGCAUAUGAAAUGCAAACACUGUAGGGUUUUUAGUCUGAUUAGAUGUCGCUACUCUUCUCCCUGCCCCCACCCGCAUUCCUGCCUGUCUGGUCUGCUCUGGACGUGGAUAGCAAACUUCAUCAAGGAAUACGAGGAAGAAAAAGUCCAUACAAACUCUGUGCCAAGAAAAUAAACAAUACCCAACACGGGGCAGCCUUGCUCUAUUCUUCACCCAUUUUUAAAUAUUGUAAUUCGGGGACAACCGUUUUGUUGGCAGCACUACUGCGUGUAUUACGUCGUUGUAGCGACAUCAACUUAACUACGUUUCUUCACUGAAGUUGUGCGUGGACGGAGUAAAAAGUAACAUUCUGCGGUUGGAAUCGCUGCAAGGUGGGUGAAGGAGUGUAUUUGCUAUCUGCGCUGCAAAGUAUCAUCAAGGGAACUGUCCUCAUCUAACGACGCAUUGUGAAUCAGAGCGGUCGCAUCGCCAAGGAUGGAAAUAUUGGACAGUACUGAGUCCUUUUUACACUGGGAUAGGAAUCUCAGUGAGCUGUCGGAGCCUGGGGAAAACGAACAUGUCUUAUACAGCACACACUUCACAGACCUCCUGGAUGACUUCUCCCAGGAUGCUUUGCUGGGCCAGCUGCUGAGCGACCCCUUCCUGUCCGGCCGGGAAGGAGAGGCCAUGGACGAGGGGGAUGAUUUCACCCCGUCCUCCCCGCUACCGCCCCACAUCCAGGCGGAGCACUCCUACUCCCUGUGUGGGGACUCCCGGCCCCAGUCGCCCGUCUCACAUCUGCCUGGGGAGCAGGGGAGCGAUGCAGAAUCAGAUGGUGAGAAUUGGUCCGUGGAGCAGGAGGAACAGAUGGAGGUGUUGCUGUGUGACCCUCCAGCCCUGCUGCCCACCCUAACCCUCUCCCUGGCCCCUGAGGGCCACAUCACUGAGGCCCCGGCCCCACCAGCCCCCAAGCCCAACCCACAGACGGCCACACAGGGCAAGACCAGCAAGGCGAAGGAGAUUGGUGAGAUCCAGAUCAAACUGGAGCCUCAUGAGGUGGACCAGUUCCUCAACUUGUCUCCUAAAGGUCUGGAGUCUCUGCAGAUGCCACCCACCCCUCCCUCCUCCCACAGCAGUGACUCAGAGGGCUGUCAGAGCCCGGUACACGCCAGCACUCCCCAGAGCCCCUCUUCUCCCCUCAGCCCUGCACCCUCCCAGGCCGGCCUCAAGGUGUCUCAGCGCACACCCUCCUCCCUCUCCAACUCCCCUCUUCUCACCGCCCCACACAAGCUGCAGGGCUCUGGCCCUCUCCUGCUGACAGAGGAAGAGAGGAGAACCCUGGUUGCCGAGGGUUACCCUGUUCCCACCAAGCUGCCCCUGUCCAAGGCGGAGGAGAAAGCCCUGAAGAAGAUACGCAGGAAGAUCAAGAACAAGAUCUCUGCUCAAGAGAGCCGCAGAAAGAAGAAGGAGUACAUGGACGCCCUGGAGAAGAAGGUGGAGAACUGCUCCAAUGAGAACAGCGAGCUGCGCAGGAAACUGGAGAAUCUGGAGUGUACCAACAAGACUCUAAUACAACAGCUGCACUCUCUGCAGGCGGUGGUGGCAGGGAAGGUUCCCCGCUCCUGCAAAGUCACUGGCACCCAGACCUCCUCCUGCCUCAUGGUGGUGGUGCUGUGCUUCGCUGUGUUCCUAGGGAGUUUCUACUCCAGCCUGGGUCCUUGCUCCUCCAUCACAGAGACUGGCCUCUCCAGAGACAUGGCCAUGCAGGAGUCUUACACAGCUACAGUGAAGUCCAGGAGCCUGCUGUCCUAUGAGGAGAGAGGGCUGGACGAGCCACACCUUCUGGGUCUGGGCGGGGACUAUCCUGACCAAUUGGAGAGGCCCACGGUUGUCAUGGCAGCGUGGCGCUCUGAGAAAAAGCAGCAGAAAGGGGAGGAGUCACAUCGGGCUGAGACACGCCCACCUUUCAGCAACAGCAGUGAUACGAACCCACAGAAACCCCUGCUUUUAGACCUGCACAGGUCUCUGGAGCAGAGGGUGAACGACAGCGCUAAAAUCAUAGAGCUGGAGAGGACAGUCAACGAGACGUCAUAGGGUCUACCUCUGACCCCUCACCUUUGACCUUCCCUCUGCAGGAGCAGGAGACGGAGGCUCUCUGUAUUUAUAGAAUAUUUUUGGAUAACUUUGUUAUUUUAUCGUAUGUAGUUGUUGUUCAUUUCUAUUGUGUUUUUAUUCCAUUCCAAAAGUACACCACCUCUUUGAUAUAUUUUUGUGUUUGUACUUUUGCUUUUAUUUUAGCCUUUAUUUGCCUUACUUCUUUAUAUAUUUGAUGACAUCGUUUUGCUUCAGCCAUUAUGCUCUGUUAUAUUUGAGUGAGUGGUAUUUUGUUCUGUAUUUCUAUGGUGAUAUUCUCCUUGGUGUGAUGGCGGUGUUAUGAGAAUGGGGCCCCGUGGCUCUUUGAAUACUCUGUUGAUGUCUUCACAGUUAAUGGGGCUUAGUAUCUCAAAUGCUAUUUCCUUUACGUAUUCCUUUCCUUCAAAAGCCACAGGCCUUCGUUGCAAGUCCUAUUUUUGUAAAUAUAAAUGUCCGCCUGCAUGUAUGAGGUCAGUAAACGCAAUGUUGACUGAUGUUUGAUCGAUGGUUGGAUGCUGAGACAAUCAAGUUGUGUAUGAUACAGCGUUAUGACAAAGUACUUUAUACCAGAUAAUGUGUGUGGGGAAUGUGUUGUUUGCGAAACUAAGAAACUUUCCUGCUGGAGAAAACACAAUGGUGGCCUUGUGAUAUGUAAUGAACCAGUAUGAUGUUUCUGCUAGGUCAUAGUCUCUACCACCUGCACUGUCUCCCACAUACACACAGAUGAACAGAACCAUAAGCACCUUCUCCUUUGGCCUGCACCCUGCAGUCAAUCCACUCACACAGCAUCCCCAAAGAGUCCAUUUUAUUCUUAUUUAUUCCAUAUAAACUGUAGAGUCACAUUUUGCCUCCACAGGAACCUGUCUUUUGUCUUUAUGGGUUCUGUCCUUCUUGGCUUUUGACUAAAACAAAUAAAUAUUUUCCGUAGUAAAAGCAUCGA